AUGCACAUAGUUGUGGGGGCUCCCAAACUGAACACAAUGGUUCAGAAUGUCAGCAGUGGUGGAGGUGUGUUCUUAUGUCCAUGGGGUUCACAGACCAGCAGCUGCUCCGUUAUACCCUUUGAUCAAUCAGGAGACACAUUUCAAACCAAUGAAGGGAGAAUGACCAUUUAUAAGUCCAACCAGUGGCUUGGAGCAACUGUUAGAACUUGGAAGUCCAGCAUUGUGGCCUGUGCUCCUCUUCAGCAAUAUAACUAUGAGGACCUAACUGUUAGCAAGACUGGACAUUCGGGGAAGACUCCAACGGGGGCCUGCUACUUCACCGAAGACCGGAAAAAUUUCUACGAGUUUGCUCCUUGUCGACAACCCGUGACUGAGAGACUUCUCAAGUGGAGUCGUUAUACACAAGAUAACCGUUACUGUGAGAUUGGAUUCAGCACAGAAAUAAGCAAGAAAGGUGUUUUGCUAGCUGGAGGACCUGGCGGGUAUUCUUUUGAAGGACUCUACGUUACAAUCCCUCUUUCCAGUAUCCCGGUAAAUUCUGCAGCCAUGAUAACGGAAUUUCCUGACCUCUACAUGUCAGAGGAAAAUUCUCGUGUGUCUAACGCCUAUAAAGGUUUUGCAGUUGCGUAUGGUGAAUUUACAGGGGAUGACUCUCCAGAAAUUGUUCUUGGCUCUCCAAUCAUCUUAAGCAAGGGAAUGGUUGAAAUUUAUUCAAACGGGAAUAAAAUAAUUACCAUCAAAGGAGAACAGACUGCCUCCUAUUUUGGCCAUUCAGUAGCAGUUACAGACAUCAAUGGAGAUAGUAUUGAUGAUCUGCUGGUGGGAGCUCCCCUUUUCAUGGAGCGCCGGGCAGGUGGAAAGCUUCUGGAAGUUGGGCAAGUCUACGUAUAUCUGCAGAAGAGACCCAGGGCCCUGGACAGGAACCCUCAGAUCCUCAGGGGGAAUCAUGUGUAUGGACAUUUUGGUGCAUCUAUUGCUCCUCUAGGAGACUUGGAUCAAGAUGGGUACAAUGAUGUGGCUGUAGGUUCUCCUUUUGGAGGUCAGUCUGGAGCUGGCUGUGUUUACAUUUACAAGGGUGAGAAGUCUGGGUUGUCUACACAUCCAUCACAGAUCUUAGAGAGUCCCCACGCGGCACCAUCCAGAUUUGGCUUUUCAUUGAGAGGAGGGGAAGACAUUGAUCAGAAUGGAUAUCCAGAUCUGCUAGUCGGAGCUUUUGAAGCAGACAAAGUCUAUAUCUUCAGGGCCCAGCCAGUAGUUCUUCUCCAUACUUCCUUGGUAAUUCACUCCAGAUUCCUUGAACCCAGACCAGAAGAAGUGUAAACAGCCUGGUAUUGGUGAUGUCAGCUGUUUCACUGUGAGUGUCUGUGUCCGGACCUCGGGGAAAAGUCUACCCAAGACAUUGAGCCUGUCCGCUGACAUCCAGCUGGACAGCCAGAAGAGCAAAUUUCUCCGCAGAACUCUUUUCACUGACUCUUCACAGCCCAGCAAAAGAAUCACUAUGGACAUCCAGAGCAACUCACAGAGGACCUGCAACGAUGUUAGUGCCUAUCUGCGGAGUGAAAAUGAGUUUAAGGAUAAGCUAAGCCCAAUAGUUGUCAGUGUAAACUUCAGUCUGAAUACUGCACCAUCUUCUAGUGCCUUGCCACCUAUAAUACAUGGGAACACCUUCCUACAAGAGCAGAUACAUAUCUUACUGGAUUGUGGAGAAGACAAUAUCUGCAUUCCUGACCUGCAGCUGAGAGCCAGCUGGGGUGAAGAUCCACUUGUUAUUGGCGCUGACAAUCUUGUAAAAAUAUACUUUGAUGCAGAAAACCUCGGAGAAGGGGCUUACGAAUCAGAAUUACACGCCACACUUCCCACUGGGGCUCACUACAUGCAGGUUUUGGGAGACACUGAAGAGAAGAUUCUGUGCACUCCAAGAAAAGCAAAUGACACAGAACUUGUGGUGUGUGAAUUGGGUAACCCCAUGAAGAACGGAGCAAAGAUCCAUGCAGGGCUUCUGCUGAGUAUCAGUGACCUGGAAGACAGUGAAGGCAAUUUCUCCUUCCCAAUGCAGAUCAAAAGCCGAAAUAGUCAGAAUUCAAGCAGUCUGGUUGUAUGGGUGCAUUUGAAAGUGACAGUUAAAAUAUCACUAGACCUUCUGGGGAAUUCGCACCCAUCUGAUGUUGUACUCCCCUUAUCCAACUGGAAGCCUAAAGAAGAAUCUAAUAAGCCACUGGACAAAGGGGAAAUAGCGACACAUGUUUAUGAGCUGCACAAUGCUGGUCCAGGCACUGUCCACGUCAAGUUGGUCAUUGAGAGUCCUGAACACUAUGAAGGAGACAUUUUCCUGUAUCCACUGCGUCUGAAGCCUGAUGAACAACUGAACUGUACCUUUGCUGAUCUCAACAUUCUACAGCUGGACGUUGUAGAACCAACUAAAACACCUUCAAACUUCAGCAAAGGAGGUGAUCAUAGCCUGAAGAAGAGAGAGGUGUCAGGCAUGGAUCAAGAUGGUGGGAAUACAGGGACCGACAACAGUACAAGCAAUAAAGAUGGACCCCAGCAAAAACAGCCUACUACACUGAGCUGCAGUGACUCAGGUUGCUGGAAGGCCGAGUGUCUCAUAGAGAAUCUGGGUAAGGGAAAGAGGGUGACGGUAACACUUGAGUCCAUCCUAUGGAUUUCCAGCUUCAUGAAGAGACCCCAGCAGACCUUCAAACUGACUUCCCGAGGUUACUUCCAGGUGACCGGUGUCCCCUACAGGAUAAAACCAGUCGCUGUUAAGGACACAGAAAAGCAAGCUGUCACAGUGGUUCAGUGGGUAACUCCGGAUGGACAAAAAGAGAUUCCUAUGUGGUGGAUAAUCCUAGGAGUUCUUGGGGGGCUGCUUAUCUUGGCAUUGUUUGUAUUUGUCAUGUGGAAGCUGGGAUUCUUCAGAAGGACACGACCCCCAUCAGAUGAUCAAGAAGAUUUAGCUGAAGACAGAUAA